AUGCCAAAGCACACGCUAUCGUCAGAUGCUCCGCUACCAAAAGCCAAACGGCCAGCAACAUCAUUCAAGGCCUUCGUAACUCGCGAAACGUUCCUCUCCAAGAAGCGCAUAUAUGCAGACAAGAUCGGAAACAGCGUACAGAUGGAGCAAUGGCAGAGCGUGUACGAACAAGCGUUGGACGUCAACAAUGCUGCGAAAGCCAUCCCUGCGCCGAUGGAUGGGCCGAUCAUGAAGCAUAAGUGUUCCGCCGAAUGCUUUGGGGAAAAGCUCCUCCUAGAGCCCUCGCAGAUUCUCCAACACGAAUGCACCGAGGCAUACAAUACCGCAGGAUGUCCCAAGACUACCUCCAGCUCCGGCUCCAAGCUCACCUCUAGGAAGAAUCAGAGUGCCAAGAUCCGGAGAGAUGCGCUGAGCAAAGUUGCGCAGUUCUUGGGCACUCGUGGCGCAUCCGGGCCUUGCAAAAGCAUAGAGAAUGUCGACGCACUCGCCAACUCGGUUCAGCUCAAAGUGGAUUGGUCGUUGGCAAAGCGUCUCGCGGCUGAAACAAACGUGUUGAUCCGCUUAGCCUGCUCGAACUCCUCGCCUUAA